GGAUCCCAAAGAUGACAUUACAGAUUUGACAACUGCAGUGGUACAUUUGAUAGGGGGUUAGUUCCCCUUGCAAUUCAACUUAAUUUAUUUAUUGAUUCACCAACUUUAACAUGUUACCAUACAAUCAUAUUACAUAAUAUGAGAUUUAUUAAGGUUGAAUCAUAAAUAAUAAUGAUAUAAUAAAUAAUUGAUUAAUUUAAAUUAACUGAUAUUCAAUUAAUUGAAGUGGGAAAAAAAUCACGAAAAAUGGAACUAAUUGUGUUUUCAAUUUGAUCCCGAUUUGGAUCAAUUUGGGUAUUUUAUAGAACCUUCUAUGUGAACUUGCUAAUGACCCACAACAAUAUCAUACCGUCUAAGUUACUAAUGAUCAUGAACAUCAAAGUAUAAUCCAUGUAGCAAAAUUUACAUCUUAAUGCUAACCAAAAUAUCAAAUAAGUCCCUAUAUAAAAAAAAAUGUAUUUUAUUUCAUAUAAAUAAAAGUAAUUUGAACAUCCGGGAAUUUUAGACAUGGCUGCUACCAUUGUUUGUUUGACGUCAACGGUAGAAUUCCUGAAAUCUUGGAUGAUGUAAACCAAAGCAGUAAAAAAAAAUGACUGGAAAACGAUGGAGUACUGGAAAGAACUUAGGCCAUCAAGUGGAUAAUUCCACAUCAACAAUUAAAAAAUUGAGCAUUCUCUACAGUGAUCCAGAGCUAAGCGACCUUCGUCUUUGUAUAGGGGAUAGGACCUUUCAUGCCCACAAGCUUAUUCUCAGCAUAUCCAGUGAUGUGUUUAAAACCAUGUUAACAAGCCCUACAUGGCCUGAGGCGUAUACAUCCCAGAUUUCCUUAGAGGAGGAGCCUGAGUGUCAGGAGGUAUUUGAGGAUUUUCUUCAGUAUCUGUACACAGGCAGGAUUCACCUCAAUCAGACCAGUGUCCUCCCUAUCCUCAUCCUUGCCGACAAGUACAACAUCAACGAUCUGUCCGACGUUUGCAUCAAUUACAUGAGCAGCCACUAUGUGGCGCCACCCUCUCAGUCACGAGUGGUAUCAUGGCUGAAGUAUGCAACCAUGUGUGACCAUAAACAGCUGCAGCAGGUGUGUGAGGAGUAUAUCACGUGGAACUUUCAAUAUGUCACGAACACGCAUGAUUUUAUGGGCAUAUCUCCUGAUAUGUUGAUUAGAUUUUUAAAGUCUUCAAACGUCAUUGUUAAUGAUGAGUACACAUUGUAUGAGAAAGUCAAAAUGUGGUUUGUUUUCUACAAAGAAUCCAAAUGUAAUUCAAGGAAGCUGGAAGACAAACUGGAUAAUAUUGUGCAGCAUGUUAUGCCUUUGAUAAGGUUCCCAAUGAUGUUGCAUGAGAAACUGAGUGUUCUAGGAGAAGACAGAUUUUCCCCAGAAACCACAGACAUAUCAAAAGAUCACUGGACAUUAAAAGUUCGUGAACAAAUUCAGCAGCUAUGCAGGUCUUGUAAUGAACAUUGCAAGGAAGAAAACCCAUGUGGCAAUUCAGGACCAGGUCACCAGAUCACCUCCCAUUCAAACUGCUUUGGUAUAGUCCAAGAUCAAAAAUCCAGGCUUUUUCCUUCCCUUCCCAGUUCUUCACAUCAUAUGCCUUUUGACCCCAGGAUUUACACCAAUGACACCUGGAGCACAGAAAUAUCUGUACCAGAUGUGAAUAAACUGAACCAAGGUGAUGUUUUACGGGCAUUUUUUUCCACUCCGAUCUCGGGUCCAGGGGGAGAUGACAUUUCUAUGUGGGAUUGGCAUGUAGAUUUUUAUCCCAAAGGAGUCAUUUUUAAGCCUUGCCUUAUGAUUGGUCUGUUUUGGAACUGUGAAAUAGAUGAGGUUGUUUAUGAGACAGUUCGUUUGACUGUGACAUCCAAUUCUACUGAGAAUCGACAUGUCCAGAUCAGUAUUUUGAUCUGUGGGCAGCAGGACAGCAUUGAAUUUGUGGCCAAGUGCAUUACAAGAACCUGUUAUUUUGACAGUGAACACCUGUCUCACAAUUUUAAUGAUGUCAUAGAUCUUUCUGAUCUGAACCAAAGAAGAUCUCCUUUCUUACUUGAUUCUGACAAAAAUGCCUUAAAAAUCAAAAUCGUUAUAAGACCCUUGCUGGCUUUCUAAGUAAAAGUUUUAUUUGAAUUUUUAUCAAAAGUCGAAGAACAUUAUUUGAUCUACAAAACAAUUCUUUGUGUUUAUGUCGUGCAUUUGAUUUAUUUAUAAAUGUAGAAGUACAUUGUGUACAUUAUAUGUUUAUGUUGAAUGUUUCUUUAUCUGAAGGAAAAACUGCUAUAUAAUAUUUAUGUCUAUAGUACUCUAUGCAGGAAUACUGAUUGUGUGGAUUUUUUUAUAUGCCUUUAGUGAUAUUUAUUUCAUCUUCCAUUAUUACCGAGUUAUUUUGCUAUGAUGGUACGCCUUGGGAUGUUUAUGUUAUAAACAGAGUUUUAUUGCUUCACGUGAUAUUUACAUGUACACCAGUGUUUUGUCAGAAAUAAACCUAUUGCUUUUUCAA